CAACCGCAAGCGGGAGAUUGCAUCAACUCGAUCUACUUCACGCAAAGGCAAAGGUAAAGCGCGGGCCGAGUCUUCUUUUCAAAGUCGAGAUGAGUUUGAAAUGGAUUACCAACGGCGAGAUGAUAUGAUGAUGUCCGACGAGCAACUACAACACCUAUUGUCCCAAAAUGAUCCACGCUUUGCACAAGAACAACAAUUCCCGACAACCAUCGAUGAAGAGGAGCUCGAGGAUGACGAUGCGGAGGAGGACGCGGGGGGCGACGGGACUCACGGCACCCCGGAUGAUGAGCAAGAGUUGGAGGACGAGGGCCGUUCAACGACUACAACCCAAAUUGGUGUUAACAUGUACAUCAACUCCUUCGCUGCCCUGAAGAAACAAAAGGCGAAGGUCCAGGGAAAGAAGGAGACGGGUAAGCAGAAGACCGUCGGCGAUUUCUUCAGGAAGGGGGGUGAUCCCUCGACCGCCCCCUCCGAUGAUGCCGCAGCCGCCGCCAAGAGGAAGGCGGCCGGCAAGGGAGUUGCCCCCGGCGGCAAGAAGCUGAAGAGGGGGGAUGCAGAAAAGAAGGACCCCCCUGGUCGUAAUUGUGGAUGAGCACUCCACCUCUCAGCCCCAAGUUUUGGUGGACACUAUUGCCUCCAGCCUUCCCUCGGCACAGAGGGGCGAAGUAGGCUUGCUCUGGGAGGACAUACAGUUCUCCCUGCUGAAGGGGGCCGCCAUUACACAUGGCAUCGUGGACCAUCGGGAGUUUCUGAGCGGGGCUACUCCUUUGCUGGAUAGGAAAGCCCUCAGCAAGCUUGACGACGAGGCCCUCGAAUCUAAGAUCCUCUGGUCCUCUCUUACUGCCUGCAUAGCCCUCGGUGAGCAUGCCCGGAGGUUUGACGAAUGGCAUCUUCAAAAGGCACAACAUAAUGAAGCCAUGAAGAAGCUUAUCCACGACAAUGCUGACGCCGUGAGGCAGAUGGCCCGGCUAGAAGAGGACCCCCGGCAGGCGAGGGAUGAGGCAGAGAGAGCUGCCAAGGAGAAAGCUGAAGGUGAGAGGGCCGCUGAUGAGGCCGAGGCUGCCAAGGCGGAAGCUGCUGCC